GGGCUGUUUCCAUAUUCUUGCCCUGGAAAAAACAAUUAUCUAAGCCAAGGACCUCAUGGUAUAGGGUGGGGCUAACUGGUGCUAAGGGCGGAGCUCCAAAUAAAGUUAUUGCAAAGAGGUCUAUAAGAAAACGAAUUAGUCGGAGACAAAUGCAUUGUGUUAAACAAAAGCCUGCUGGCAUUUUGCACUGCUCCAGCAAGAUACAACUAUUCCUUUUGAAAACCAACAUAAGUCUUUGGAAUCAAAGAAAAGAGACGAGGAACUACUUUAACUGACAGAAAACUCUCAGCCUCUAAUCCACCCAUUCUCUCCAGCGUCUUGCAGAUGGUGUGAUUGGGUUUGGCUUCUUCCAUUCUCUACCCAGCACAUCUCUGGUUUCAAACCCUCAACACACCACACCUCCCUAAUGUCAGAGGAUUCAGACCCGGGGUGCAGCUCCAUGCCCAGGGGGGCCCCCUCGUGCAGCUCCAUGGCCCAGCUCCAUCGUAUGAGCAGUUAUGGCCAGGGUGGUCCAGACCUGGGUCUUGCCUCAGAGGGCAGUGACAGCAUCCGGUGUAAGAACGUCUGCUCACGUUCCUGCCACGACGACGUGGAGAUGAAGAGCAGUGGAUCCAGCGGGAGCGAGACCGAGUCACACGGCAACGAGAGCCACGGAAGCCAUGGAAACGAGAGUCAUGGCAACGAGAGUCAUGGUAACGAGUCGACAGGUAGCUCCAACGGCAACAGCAAGGACUCCGCCCUCCUGGAGUCGUCUGGGAGUAGCAAGAGCCCCUCUCCUCCCAGUAGUUCCAAUGCCUUCAGCCUGCUGAAUUCUGAGCAGGACAACCCCUCCACCAGCGGCUGCAGUAGUGAGGAGUCCGCUAAGACCAAGACCCAGAAGGAGCUGCUCAGGACCGCCAAGCAGCUCAGACAUCUCCUGCCUGCUGACAAGAGGAACAAAGGCAACAAGUCCAGCUCCCUAAACACCCUGAAAUACGCACUGCGCUGCGUCAAACAGGUGGAAGCCAAUGAGGAGUACUACCAGCUGCUGAUGACCAAUGACAGUCAGCCAUCAGGCCUGGAAGUGUCCUCUUACACCAUCGAGGAGAUAGCCAGCAUCACCUCAGAGUACACCCUCAAAAACAAUGACACCUUUGCUGUAGCUGUAUCUCUGAUCACGGGGAAGAUCGUUUACAUCUCAGACCAGGCCGCCUCCAUCCUCAACUGUAAACGGGGCAUCUUCAAGGACGCCAAGUUUGUGGAGUUCCUGACUCCCCAGGACGUUAGUGUUUUCUACAGCUUCACCACGCGCUACCGCCUGCCCUCCUGGAGCAUGUGCACCGGAGCAGAGUCAUCCCGGUCGGACUGCAUGCAGGAAAAAUCGUUCUUCUGUCGGAUCAGUGGGGGUAAGGAGUGUGAGGGGGACCUGCAGUACUACCCAUUCUGUAUGACCCCCUACCUGAUGAAGGUGCAGGAUAAGGUCCAUUCUGAGGACCAGUUCUGCUGCCUCCUACUGGCUGAGAAGGUGCACUCCGGAUACGAGGCUCCCAGAAUCCCUAGUGACAAGCGCAUCUUCACCACCACACACACUCCUAGCUGUGUGUUCCAGGAUGUGGAUGAGAGAGCUGUUCCACUUCUUGGGUACUUCCCCCAGGAUCUGAUUGGCACCCCAGUCCUUCUUCUCAUGCAUCCCGAUGACAGGCCUGUCAUGUUGGCCAUUCACAAGAAGAUCCUUCAGUACGCUGGCCAGCCGUUCGACCACUCCCCCAUCAGGUUCUGCACGCGGAACGGAGAGUACGUAAUCGUCGACACCAGCUGGUCCAGCUUCGUCAACCCCUGGAGCCGCAAGGUCUCCUUCGUUAUCGGGAGGCACAAAGUCCGCAUAGGCCCGGUGAAUGAGGAUGUGUUUGUGUCCCCGCUCCCUGCCCUCAUGGAGACUAUGGACUCUGAAGUCCAGGAGAUCACUGAGCAGAUCCACAGAUUGCUACUACAGCCGGUGCACAACACUAGCUCCAGUGGCUACGGUAGUGUGGAAAGCAACGACCACCUUGCAGCAUCUCAGGUGAUGACCAGCGAGGGCAGCCCAAGCAGGACACACAUCGAGGAGGAGGGGGAGAGCAGCUGGGCCAAACCUCAGAGGUCAUUCCAGGAGAUCUGUAAAGGUAUCCACCUCCAGAAGAGUCAGGAACAGCAGAUCUACCAAGCCUCCUCCUCAGCCAUGCCUGAGACCAAGAAGAGCCCUGGCAAGUUACUCCAGAAGAGUCCAGCAGGGGUGCGUUCCAAGGAAUCUGCAGCCCCUGUGGCCCCUCUGAAUUGGAGGGACAGUGGGGUCAGUGCUGGGGUCAGUGGGCUGAGCCUGGAGGACAGCAGCAGCAGGACUGCAGUACAGGAGGAGCAGCUGGCCUUCAACGACCAGACGGUCUACUCCUACCAACAGAUCAGCUGUCUGGACAGUGUCAUCAGAUAUCUAGAGGGCUGUAAUGUUCCCAUCACUAUGAAGAGGAGGUGCCACUCUUCUGACAACACUAUGUCCUCAGAUGAGGACAAGCAGAAAGGAGGGGACAAUCCCAUGCAAUUAUCUGAAGAGAUCGUAGAUGUAUCUGUGGCUCGGGUUGAGGUGGAGGGGGGCAGCCAGACUCCUGGGCCUCCCCCCAAUGCUGUUUCACCUCCCAGCCUGGAGAGGGAGCCCUAUAAGAAGCUCGGUCUGACCAAACAGGUCCUAGUAGCCCACACCGUGAAGGAGGAGCAGACCUUCCUGUGUCGCUUCAGGGAACAGAGGGGAGUCCAGGCCUUCCAGGCCAACUGUUCCCAAUACCUGGAGCGCCAGAAGGGACAGGGUGCCGCUGAUGCUCUGCCCGCUGUGCGCCCAUGCACGCAGGCCGAGCCCGCUGCCCGCCGAAGUGGGCGCAACAAGAAGACCAAGUCUAAACGGGUGAAACAGAACGAGUCGUCCGACAGUUCCGUGUCUCAUAGGAGAAGACAGCCGCAGCCCCGACCCCACCUCCUCAACCAGGGCCUCAACCAGACCUCCUGGUCCCCCUCCAACACUUCCCAGUCCACUUUGCUGCCCCUGGCUUACCCCACCGUGGUGCCAGUCUACCCCCUCCAGGUCUACACUGGGGCGGGCACCAUGGCUGGCACCAUGCCUACCCGCCCAGAGAAUUCAUUGGCAGGCUUUGGUGACUGCCAGGGCAACCAGGAUCCCCAGUGCCCGCCACCAAACAUCCAGCCCUCGCCCUUCUCUACUCCCAUGGUGACCCCCGUGGUGGCUCUGGUUCUCCCCAGCUGCAUGUUCCCUCAAAUGGGAAGCGGGGCUCCAGGACAACAGCCUUUCUACCAGGCCGAGAAAGCCGGCUACCCCUCUCAGUCACAGCCCUUCCACCCACAGACAUCCCUCACCUUACCUGCUCAUGUUCCUUUCCCGGCUCAGCCACAGGCCUUUCCCCUACUGACGGCCUUCCCGAUCCCCGCCCAGCCUUUCUCACUCUCCAUGCCCAUGGAGGCUCCCAAGCCACCUGGGGAAACCACCCAGUCUCGCUGCUCCCCGCAUGGGACCAUGGGCGGCAGGGACCAAGCGUCCUCCCCUCCACUGGUCCAAUCAUGGUGCAGCUCGCCCCUGCAGCUGGAGGAGAUGUGGUGCUCCCUGGAGAGACAGGACCGCAUGGUGGUGGUGCCCUCCGUUGGCACACAAAGGAAUAACACCGUCAACAUGAAGGGAGGGAGCAUGGUCUGCCAAGCCAUGGAGAAGGUCAAGGAGCUUCAGCAGGUGGGCUCGCCGGGCAACGGUAACCAUAGCGACGUCAAUUCAUCAUCGAGUGACCUGCUGGACAUCCUGCUCCAUUCAGACUCUCGUUCAGGCAUCAGCUCAGGCACUUCCGGGUCCAUGGGUUUCAGCUCUAAUGGCUGCGGAACCUCAGCUAGAACGUCUAACAGCAGAAUGUCUAAUAACAGCCGAACGUUGGGAUGUGGAACGUCAGCUAGCGGAGUAUCUGGCAGUGGCACAGUAAGCAGCAGCCACACAAGCAACAACAGCAGCAACUACUUUGGCACCGUGGACUCCUCCCAGAACAGCUGCCAGCAGGUCAAAGUGCGCUCCAGCGGCGGGAGUGGUGGUAGCGCUAGCGAGGGGCGGCCAAUGGAGGUAGAGGAAAGCCAAUAUGACAAGUAUGUACUGCAGGAUCCGCCGUGGUUAGUCACCGCCAACGCUGACGACAAGGUCAUGCUGACCUAUCAGAUGCCCUCCCGGGGCAUCGACUGUGUGCUUAGGGAAGACCGAGAGAAGCUACGUGUGAUGCAGAAGAGCCAGCCGUGCUUCACCGGGGAGCAGCAGAUAGAACUGGGGGAGGUCCACCCCUGGAUGAGGAGAAGAGGGCUGCCCAAGGUCAUGGACGCCAAGUGUGGGCUGUGAGGAGGACACUCCAGAGGUGGUGUUGUCUGAGGAGCAGCCUGGCCUGGAUAUGGGAGACACAGAGACUGAGGAGGUCAGCCCCUACAGGAAGCCCGGCGAGGAGCCCUUUAACAUGGACACCUGUCCCUCUUCUGGCCUUGGAUCAUAACAGCCACAUCCAUUCUGCCCCUGUUAAUUGUAGCAGCAUCACCUCCGCAAAAGGCUCAUUCUCAAGCGACAUCAAUUAUUCACCAAGUCCCACCCUCAGCUGUUCCAUACAAGACCAUUUUUUUUAUUUUACCAGGCAAGUCAGUUAAGAACAAGUUAUUAUUUACAAUGACAGCCUACCGGGUGAACAGUGGGUUAACUGCCUUGUUCAGGGACAGAACGACAAGAUUUUUACAUUGUCAGCUUGAGGAUUCGAUCCAGCAACCUUUCGGUUACUGGCCCAACGCUCUAACCACUAGGCUACCUGCCACCCCAUAUUAGACUGCCUAGUACCGCUUGCACCCUGCGGGUACAAACCUUUUCUACAACAAACUAAACUGUAUUGAAAUUCUGCUACAGCCUGAGAGACCAGGGAACAUACAGACUGUUACAUCCCACCUGGUCAAUUCAUUUUCAGUGUGUGUGUGUGUGAGAGAGAGAGAGGAGAAAAAGAAGAGUGAGUUAGUGUGUCCACAACACAGUUCAUGUUCUAUCAAUUGUUUUUUCACUUAUUGAAAUUAAUGUUUUCAUUGAAAACGUUUUGACUGUAGUAGUCUUCUAUUUGUUUUAAUUUAGAGCCCUGGGGCUAGCGUCAACAUUUUAACACUGAUGCUCCCAAUUUAAAGAAGUUAGGAGCACCACAUGAAAUGUAGGAGCACCAGAAUAUAUUGUGUUUUAUUGUAAUACAGCCUAUAUUGGGCCUAUACGAAUUCAAUGUACUUUUGAGGGACAUGGUUUUCCCUAAAAACUAAUGUAACAUGUAAGAAAUGAAUUUAUUGUAAAAGCUAAAAAUAUAUAACCUUUAUUUAACCAGGUAGGCCAGUUGAGAACAAGUUCUCAUUUAUCAACUGCACCCUGGCAAAAUGUUGAAAGGAAUAACUGUCAUUGAAAUUACAAAGUAAUGUGUGGAAUAUUAGGUUUCUACAUUGUGUAAAAGCACUAUUGAGAUGCAUUACAUUGAAAAUUGUAUACUGUCUCUUCAAAAACGGCAGAAGAUCUGACAUUCAUGAUUUUCUACUGUCCCUGAUCUCCUGAAGAAGCUAUCCCUUUUCCUUUCUUUCUAUGCCCCCAAAUGUUUGGAUAUACUGGUAACGUUCCCAGGUUGUUAGCUAGCUAACCAAUGAGGUAACAUGACUGAAGUGUAAACAAAUGGAUAACGACAUGGUUUAUGAAUGUAAAAUGCGGUCCCAGCGACCCCGCUAUAUGAAGAUAAAAAUGCUGCGCCGGUAUUAUGGUUCAGAUCUUUUGACGUAGGCCCGGUUUUCCAAAAGAAUCUUAAGACUUAAGUUCAUUGUUAGCACCAUGGUGCUUAAUGGUUCUAACGAUGAAUUCAACGUUAAGAUGCUUUUGGGGAAACCCGAGGCACUGAUUGAAAUGGAAGCUUUCGCUGUGGUAAUGGUGCAACCAUGACUCUAAGGGCACUCGGGGAAAAUACGUUAGAGCGAAGCAUUAUUACAUCCCUUUAUUUUCUUUCUUUUUUCCUAGGCCCACAGUGCUCCCAAAAUAAAACUCCGGGUCACACAGCAAAAUAUUUUGUUGCAUAUCCAAUAUAUAACAUGAUGAUGAUGUUAUCUGUUUGUUGUUGAAAACACUUACAGGAUUUCUAGUCUAUUAUGUUGGCUGACUAAAAGGUGUGGCAGAAGAGGCUUGUAGAGAAGUUGCUUUCUAGCUUGUGGUUGAAUGUUCUCAUAGAGCCCUUUCCAGUACACCACACACUGACAGAUGUGCGUGACUCUUGACUGCAGUAAGAAAGCCAUCACCAUCUGUGCCCAUUCAACAUAGCCAUGGUUGACCUUUUUAGUACUUAUAACUUUAUUGGGUUCUCAUACACUUACAAUUGAUGUUUUAAUUCUAAAUGAAAAGUCGCUAAGAUUUAUAUUUGGUUGUGAUCUUUGCAAAAUAAACAUUUUGGAUGCAGCAGUUGUUAGCCUGAAUGCUAAAGCUCAUUGACAUAGGCUGUAGCAAAAGCUAAGCAAAGAGCCAUUUUACUGGUGGUGUUUGUUUUUUUUUAACAUUUAAUGCAGUUGAUUUGCGAUGAGGACGCAAACAUAAUAUUAAACAGGACAUUCAUACGAGCCUUAAAAUCCAAACGUAGUGUGAAAUGCACUCAUAAGCAACAUGUAAAUAGUAUUUUUUUUGCUGGCAUUCUAUAAGACGUCCCCCGUUUUUCUGUCAUAAACUUACGCGCAUCGCUCUCAUGCGGCAAUGUUUGCGCAUUUGAGGAAAGAGUGUCCUAGGAUCAGCUUUCCCAAACACAACACUAAUAAUUUUCCCAGUCGGUAUUAGAUAGGUGGUUACCUGGGAUAUAGGUUACCCUAUUGGCUCAGAGGGAAAACUUGACAUUUUUCAAACGCAAUUUUCUUGUCUACUUGUUUUAGUCAAUUACAAAACUACAUUUAAGGAAAGUACAACAUGUCUAUUACUUUUCAACAUUGCCUGCUCCCGAGCAGUCUCACUACUUAGAAAGACGUAAAAUUGUAAGGGCUUCCCUCAAGCCUCUUUUCAUGACGGUGCUAGCUAGCAGUCACAUGAGUGAGUGCUACAGCUAGCUCGCCAAGACCAACAACCCAAACAAACAGACUAUACAGCUACAAGUAGUGAGUGGAGUUAAGCAGACUACACUAAACAGGUUAAAUGGCUUACCUGUGAUGAAAUGUUUGCCACACAUAUAGCUACGUGUACCUACUUGCAGGGGUGCAACUUUCACUGGGGACGGGGGGGGCAUGACCCCACUUUCUGAAAUUGCAUUUUUGUCCCCUCCCCAGUUUUAUCAUUGCACUGUGAUACAAAAAGCAGCAUGGGUGUGCUUUAAGACCAUGCGCACACCUCAGAGCGGUCGGGCAGGCUGUUUGGCAGUUUAAUUUAGGACCACAGGACACCAUAGAGCAUGUAGAAACAGCUGUUGUCUGUGUGUGUUGUGGAUACUCUUUAUUUGACUGAUGUAGCUGGAAAGGCAACUGCUGUUACAUUUUUUUUUUAGUUUGUGUGACUGACAUGCAGCCUUAGCUAAUGCAUUAAUGUUACAUGUUUCAUCCCCUCUCGACUGAAAUUGUGUCUGAAGGGAUUGAACUACCUAGCAAGCUAAUAGCUACCACAGACAGUUCAGCUCUAGCCUCUAUCUAUUGUAUCUGUCAGGUAGCAGUAUCUAACAGCUGAGGUGUGUUUGGAAAGGUUUUGAACCCUUUGUUUUGUCCUGUUUCAACAGAAAUAAAUUGACUUUGGUAGUUUUCGGCAGCUGAUGUACCACCUGAGCUAGCCAAAAGUUGGCUAACGUUCGCUAGCUAACGAGCUCACUAACUUUAGCUAUUAUUUUUGCCUCAAUCACACUAGACCUGAAUCAAACGAUGAAACCAGCAGCCAAACAAUUGAAGACCGAUAUUCUGAUGUUUUUUGAAAGUGCAAUGUGAGCUUUUGUUAGUCAGAGCAAUGUUACGUUAUUUAUGUCAGUUUCCUUAGCUAAUUCCCUACUUUUCUAUCUGGCCUGGUACAGCUCUAAUGUUACAGGCUUCACUGUCAUGGUGCACAGUCAGUACACAACACUAUGCUCAUCAUGUCUUAGCAGGAUCAGAUGGUGACAGGUGGCCCUGCAGGGUCAGACAGCCAGGGAAUACCAGUCUAUGGAGCUCAGGUGAUUUUUUUUUUUGCAGUAUAUUAUAACAACCAGUGAAUGGAUACAACAUUCCAUCUUGAGUUGAUGGCUAGGCUACAGUCUGGGACCUGGGAAUAAUGGUAAUUUCAAUGAUUGAACCAUUGAUUCUAUUCUUGGACAAUAUAAUGUAUAAAGGUAUACCAAGGUAAUUCUUUGUCAUGCCUCAUCUGAGCAGGAUCAGGUGGUGACAGGGGUCUCAGCAGGGUCAGGCAACCAGAGAAGGCCGGUCUGUGACGGCGCUAAGGUGAACUUUUGCAGAUGCAACACUUUAAAGGUGCAGCACGGUCAUUCUGAUGUCUGCAUUGGCCAUGCAGCAUUUACGGUGACACGGCCUCUGCAGAAGUCCAGGCGUUCAUACUUCUUGCGCUUCGCAGAGCAGCGCAGAGCUGUUGUGAAGGAAGUUGUCAAGGAAGUGAGUUUGUGUUUAUACAGGACCUCCCGCCCUCACCUACCGUCAACAAUCAUGUCAAUGCAGAGCUAUACGGAGCCAUCCGCAUUGUUACAACAUUUGAGAGGUGAACAGUGAUGCAGUGCAGAGUGCAAUUUGGCCUCUGCGUGCCUUCGGAGGCUUCGCAAUUGUGUCACACCAUCCAUUCGGAGCCUCCGAACACAUUUUCGGACCAAGCAUAAUAUAUUGGCUCUUAUUCUCUCUGUGCAGCAAACACUGGACAAUCCAGAAGCUUGAAACUAUUUUAAGGGAGUCUGACAAACCUCUAAAAUUGAUAGAGGUUUUUCCAAUGACACUAAACAUGUCAAACAAAAAUGUGAGGAAGACCUGAGAGACACUAUUGAUGAUGAUGAAUUGAUACAGAUAUGUUUGAAUGCCCCAGUCUAUAAUUUUCUUACUCGUCAUUAUUCACUCAUCAUUCAGGAUGAUCCGUAAUCAUUGUAGAAUCCACAUUCAUGUAGAAGUGUUUAGAAACAUAUUCUAUUCUUAUUUACAAUAAAAGUGACCCCUGAAGGGUCAUAUUAGAUUGUGUAGAAAUGCCCCCCCCCCCCCCCCCCACACACACACCUAUUUCUAAAACCAAAGUUGUGCCCCUGCCUACAUGGACCCCGGGUCCCCACAUUUCCCCGUCUCCCACACCGAAUAGCCUGAAGCCACAGGGCUCUUCUCGUAGGCUUUAGUUCCUUACCUGGGAGCAUUGCAAACCCUGGGUCAGGAUUUUGUACCUGGUUACAUGUACACUGAACAACACAGCAUAUUUUCAGCAUUUUUGUUAUUUAACAAAAGAUCGACAACGAUCUGUCUCUUUUACAAUGAGGGUCUAUAUGAAAGUAUGUUGGUUUUCCUCAGUUUGUUGCGGUGGUUGAGGGCAAUUUCUUAUUAUUACCUGAAUACCGACUGGGACUGUAGCGUUAUCAGGCUUGCUGGCCUUGGAACUGUAUUGCAAUCAAAGCACUUUUUAAUUUUUUUAUUUCACCUUUAUUCAACCAGGUAGGCCAGUUGAGAACAAGUUCUCAUUUACAGCUGCGUAGUUUAUUACAUGGGCAUAAAGCAAUUGGAACAGAUGUCGAAGGCAUUUGUCAAGUCUAUUCUUCAAAGAUAAAGCAUAACAUUUAAAAAAUGUGCGAACACUCUAAACACACAAAUUGUCGACCUGCACUUUUCCUAAAUUAUUUCUGUACAGAUUGUCUUGUAUUUCUCUAUAUUUCUGUAUUUAUUGUGUUGUUGGAUAGUCACUCUAAAAUGUGGACAUUUAAAAAAAAAGUGCUAUUCUGUGUUGACAAUGUUUAAAAAUAAAAAUGAAAGAUUUCAAUAUAUUUACACUUUUCUAGGCUACUCUUUGUGAAAACAAAAAAAAUGCUAUUCUGUGUUGACAAUGUUUCAAAAUAAAAA